AUGGCAAUAGAUACAAGUGCGACCGACUCGGUCAGCACGACUGUUAUCGGCACAACCCUGACCAGCCUUACCACCUCCUUCUCUACCACUGUCACCGUCACGGGGUCAUCUAGCGAUACAUCUAUAUCCUCCGACACUUCCUCUCUACCACCUAGUACAAUCGUCUCCUCCAUUUCAGUUCCUCCCUCGACCACAGUGGUACCUGCCUCAACCACUCCUGUCGAUACCAGUCCCAGUGUCGUUGUAGCCACAGAAACUAUCACCCAAACCCCGUCAUCAUCCCAAGGGGUCACCCAGAGCCUGAGUUCUUCGGUUGUUGUCGUCACGUCCACAUUCUCUCCAGAUACUCCGGCCUCAGACACUGCAACCGCCUCGCUGACGAUCACUCCUUCCAGCUCGUCCCCCACCCCAUCAGCAUUGAGUGCCUCAGGCUCCGGGUCCGGGUCCUCAAGCGGUCUCAGUUCUGGCGCAAAGAUCGCAAUAGCAGUCAUCAUACCAAUUGCUGUUAUCGCAGCAUUAUUUUUGAUUGGGUUCUUCUUCUGGAGGAAGCGGAAGGCCAGGAAGAAUGCAGAAGAACUUCGCAAGAGCGAGAUGGCUGAAUACGGGUUCAAUCCCAACAGCGAUCCAACGCUGGGUCCCGCCGCAGCCGCAUACACUGACAAUCAAUCCGAAGGACAAGAUGACCAGAGUGGGUAUCGCGGAUGGGGAGCAACAAACUCAAACAGACAACCCUCGACUACGCUAGGUUCCAACGGACGAGCUGCUGGUGGUCUUGCCUUAUCGGAGAGCAGCAGCCAACCUGGAGGUUACGCUACGCAGGCCUCGCCCAAUGCGACUUCUGACCAGUACUCUGCAGAUCCCCUGAUGAACGGCCACCCGGAGAGCGGAGAUGGCGUCGCAGCUUUGGGGGCUGCUGGCGGACUCGCUAGGCAUCGCAGUGGUACGGGAGACAUUCGUCGCGGACCGUCCAACGCAUCGUCCGCGUAUUCCUCGGGCCACCACUCUGAGGCCUCUUCGGAGGCGCCGCAAAUGCCUGGCCCAUACUACCAGCAAGAAGAAGUCCCUUAUAACAUAUACAACGAAGCAAAUCCCAGUCACGGACCCUACGGCGACGGUUCGUACGGUGGUGCUGGAACGCAACCAGUCAUCCGUGACAAUCAAGCACGAAGGAACACCCGCAUUGAGCGAGCACCAACAUUCCCGCAAGCCCAAGGCGGAAUUUCGCAGAACUUUUAA